GCAAACAGGACAGCAGAGAGGAGCAGUGCGUAUGUCCCCCACUCACCCCAUGCUGACAGACCCGCAGCCCUGACAACCCUGCGCGCAUCAUGGAUCUGUGGGCGCGUGUGCAAGCUCCUUGCGAUUACACCUUUGACUUUUGGAACGACUACCUGGGUCUGUCCUCUUUGGUGUCCAGGAACAGACUCCACAUCCCGGCCUCCGGUCCCAACUCCAUCACGGAGUCCAUCAAAGCGAGCCUGGGCCUGCAGGACGGGCCCCCCGACUGCUGCUGCGCGGCUCCCGGCAUCUCCCACCUCUCUGACGAUCUGCUUCUGGGGAGCAGGGACUCUCACCUUUACGGGGGGAGCACGGGGGGGCAGCAGGACCUCCUGUCCACGGAGGGCCGGCGCAAGCAGAGGGACAAGCCGGAGCCGCGGGUGUGCGUGUUCUGCAGGAACAACGGCGCGCCAGAGGAGGUCUACGGGACGCACAUCCUGAAGACGGGGGAGGGCAGGGUGCUGUGCCCCAUCCUGCGCGCGUACACGUGCCCUUUGUGCAGCGCUAACGGGGACAACGCGCACACCAUCAAGUACUGCCCGCUGUCCAGGGACCAGAGACCGAGGGGGGGCAGAGUGACGGGCAAGCGGCUGAAGAUCUUUUGAGGGGGGUCUGCUGCUCUUGUAAAUAUUUGGAGGGUUUACAGCAGAGCGUUUCCAUGACAACAUAAAGGUUCUUAUUAUGGUCUAUUUUUUACUGGAAAAUAUUUUCACUGUAAACGGUUUGUGAAAUAAAUGCUUUUUGUGAUCAUCUG